GUAUCACAUGGAAUGCCUUAAUCCACCUCUGAGUGAAGUCCCUGUAGAUGAGUGGUUUUGUCCAGCCUGUGCACCCAUGGGUGUCAGUGCUGCUGCAGAUAUGGAUCACGUCAGUGAAGAAGAGGUCGCUGCCCUCGUGGCUGAUGUUGUUCCUACCACCAGUAGGCUGCGCCCUCACGUCCGAACCCGCGCUAUAGCCAGGACUCGGCAGAGUGAACGAGUUAGGGCAACAGUGAACAGAAACCGGAUAACAACAGCGCAACGAAUUCAGCAUGUGCCGAGGUACCUCAUGUCCUCUCUCCUGGAUGAGACAAUUGAGGCGGUUGUGGCAGGCCUGAACACGGCCGUCUACCAGCGUCCGCUGACACCGCGCGCUCCUACCAGGCAGAAAAGGAAAACAGGUAGGAGGAAGAAAGUAGGAGGCAAAAAAAGAACUCAGACAAAAUCUGCUGGGAAGAAGAGUUCAGGGACACAGCUGAAGAGACGCAAGCGUCUGAUGAAGAAGAGAAGGGGGAAGAAGAUAAGAGCAAGAUCACAUGUGAAAAAUGAGGUUACUGCUCGCUCCCGUAUUGCAAGAACUCUUGGUAUUAGUAAACCUGUGCGUGGGGCCUCGUUUCCUUCCAUGUACAAACCCACGGAGCCCUCACUUGGUCUGAUGAGAGCAGAUAUCGGUGCAGCUUCUCUGUCUGUGUUCGGAGAUCCAUGUCAGCUGGAUCCUUACGAGAGUAAUGAAGAGGUUCCAGCAAAUCCAGAUUCACCAGUGAGUGCCAAAAGGAGAGUUCUCUCCCAGUCAGCACUGAGAUCUCACCGUCCUGUAGCUAGACCUAUUUCUGUGGGACUUCCCAGAAGCAGUGUGCCUGCCUUGAGUCCUGAUCAAGAAGCAGAAGCCGCCCCUGUGCCUGAUCUGUUGGGAAGUAUCUUGUCUGGACAGAGCUUUCUCAUGAUGAGUAGUUCAGAUGUGGUCAUCAACAGAGAUGGGUCACUGUCAGCGAAGAAGGCAGGGAUGCCAUUUUACAAACUUCAGCGAGCGAAAGAAGGGGCCUGGAAAGCAGAGGACUUGAACCAAACAUUAAAUCAGGUGUACUGUCAGAAUGUACCUUUGACACCACCUCUGCCCUCCAGCCUUCCCCCCUACGCCCCAGUGAGCCAGCCCACAGUGCAGUUCAUCAUGCAGGGCAGUCUUCCAGCGCUCGGCUGCAUGGCCGGACAGAGCCUGCCUCCGGAGCCGGGCAGCCUGGCUACUGCGUCUGAACCGGGAAUCCAGGCUGCUUUGGUUGGAAACGUGGAAGAAAAGAUCAAAGCACCCAAACCUCCAGUGGACAAAACAAAAAACGAGGAAUACAUGAAGAAGCUUCACAUGCAGGAACGGGCUGUGGAAGAAGUGAAACUUGCCAUUAAACCUUUUUACCAGAAGAGGGAGAUUACAAAGGAGGAGUACAAGAACAUUCUUCGAAAAGCGGUGCAAAAGAUCUGCCACAGCAAAAGUGGGGAGAUCAACCCGAUGAAGGUAGCUAACCUGGUGAAGGCCUACGUGGAAAAAUACAAGCAUAUGAGAAAACAUAAGAAAUCCGAUGGCGAGGAUACACGUGAAGUGGAGAACAGAGCGAGUCACAGCCAGCAUGACUUGGACUGAACUCACUCCAGCUGCGAACACUGUGCCGGGGAAUAACAGACCUGCAGUUGUGUCUCGUUGGAAGUGAAGUGCAGAGAAGAGGAUUAUAAUAGGACUUAUCUGCGGAACCUUCUUUUGAAUUGUUUCCAUAUGGGAAUGAACUUGGGUUUUUUUUUUUUUUUUGAUUACCUACAGAUGUAGAAUAAAUAACAAUCAAAUGCCUCAGACCAGCAGAGUAAUUCGAGGGGAAACACAGAAGAGAUUAAUGUUUGGGACUCCCGGAUUGCUGCAGUUUUCAGGGUUUCUUUGAUCACACUUUUGGGCUGUGCACCUGUCUUGCUAAAAGUUUGAAACUGGACACCACUUUUCCUAUACAGUCUGUUG